UACGAGACAGUCUUAUUUCCAAUUGAAUCAUCUGUCAACAUUGAAUUGUUUUCAAAUCAGUUUUCUUACGAUUGGAAGCAAAUCAAGCAUAAAAUUAUUACAUUGAUUUUGAAAAAAAAUCCUUACUUUUCCUAGAUUUGAAAUUCGUAAUUGGUAAAGAUGUUACGUCUCUUCACAAAGACUGCAUUGGCGAGGAUAUCACAUCCAAAGCUAGAAAAUGUUCGAUUUUUAUCGCAAACGAAAUGUGUGUUCGAAAAGACUCCCGCUUCAUCAACAUCGAAUGAAUCCCAGUCACCUCAAACACCAGCAAAUCAAGCGCCAACCGAUGCAGCUCAAACUCAGCCAUGGCAAAAGAAAUCACAAUAUAGAAACGUAACGAAUUUUGACAAGCGCGUUUUGGUGUCCGUUGGAAAAUACAAAAGUCUCAAUGAUGUUCCCGAUAAAGUACCGCAUGAAACACUUGAUCGCGCUCGUGACAAAUUUCGUGUAAAAAUGUGUAUCUAUAUGAUGGUUGUUUGCGUAAUUUUUUGUAUCGUUCAAAUUAUACGCGGUAAAAAAGCAGCUGAACGUGGCGAAAGUGUGGUGAACAGCAACAUGGAAUGGCAUCGUAAAUACAACGAAGAAGCCGCCAAAAAAGAAAAUAAAUAAAGAAUUAAUAUACAUUGUAAAUGAAGAUCAAUGAUGAGUUUAUUUCUCGUCUAUCUGUAUAAGAAAAGUACUCGAAAAAUUGUACAUAUUAUUAAAUGCAAUUUAUGGCAGGAA